CAACAAAGUUAUUAAAUCACAACUUUUCAAACUCAACUUCAACAGUUCGGUUCGUAACAGCCCAACUCAGCAGCAGCAAAUCUGCAGAUGUUAUCAUCAGAGAUAGUAGCGGAGCCCACAUCAAGGCAACUAUGUUCAACCUCAACAACGCCAAAUUAUUUAUAGCGGAAGGUAUGGCUCUUCAUAAAGGAGUCCAACUAUCUUUUCAAUGUGGCAUUCAAGACAAUGAAAUUGGAGGUGAUAAUAUAUUAGUCAUCAACUCAAUAAAAGGAAUUCAGGCAAUAUCUUUUUUUUUAAAAAAAAUAAAAAAAAUCACAACCUCGUUCUGUAAAUAAACUGAGCAUAUUUGGGCUUGGAUUGAAAGAUGAGCAAUUGAAUAACAAAACUUUUGACAGCCCAAAGUUAGGUAUUGUAGUUACAGCUUAGCCUUACGCGCCUUAUCUUUCUUCCCUACCCAAUUUCUCUCUCUUCCUCUGCCUUCAAAAAAACUCAACAACAAUAACAAAAACCUUCAAAUAUUUCACAAAUUCAAAUAAAAUGAGCAUAAAUAAUACACUCAAUCCAACAAUCAAAACUAUUUCAAUCUUCUCCCCCAAAACAUCAUCCAACCUUCAACAAUUACCAUUUCCAAUCACAUUUACUUCCAAACCACCCACUAAUUAUUCACAACUUUCUCUCUCCUCAAUCUCUCUCACAAGGAGGACCUUUCUUCCUUCAGUUUCAGGCAUUUGGGAUGCUCUGACCGGAGGCUCCAACAAUAAUCCCCGCGAAGCUGCUCUUGCCAUUCGCCGCGGUAUGCAGCUGUUUAGACAGGGUGAUGUAAUGGGGUCUGUUGUGGAGUUUGAUAAAACAAUUGAGCUUGAUCCUCGUCAAAAGGCAUAUCUUUGGCAAAGAGGAUUGUCUCUUUACUAUCUAGACAGAUUUGAAGAAGGCGCGGAGCAAUUCAGGUUGGAUGUAGCUCAGAACCCAAAUGAUACAGAGGAGUCAAUUUGGUGCUUCCUUUGUGAAGCUCGACUUUAUGGGGUUGAUGAAGCUAGGAAACGAUACCUUGAGGUUGGUAGAGAUCCAAGACCGGUGAUGCGCCAAGUCUACGACAUGUUCAAAGAUGGUGGUGAUCCUCAGAAGCUGGUUGAUACAUUCUCAAACAGUCGAGAUGGAGAAUAUUUUUAUGCAUCUCUGUAUGCUGGCCUCUAUCAUGAAGCAAUGGGUCAAGAAGAUGCAGCUAAGAAAUAUAUGGUUGCUGCUUGCCAAUCCCCUUAUGCACAAAGGUCUGAUGAUUACAUGGCUUCUUUAGCCAAGGUCCAUUGUAUCUGUAGAAACUGGAGCUUAAAUCCAACUUCAACUUGAGACCAACAUUUGGCCUAAGCUUAUUAUCAUAUUCAAAUCCACCUUAGAUCUGUGUUUCGACAUGAAAGACGAUGUAAUUGCCUUGAGUAAUAUAUGAAGAGAUCUUGGCAUAGCAGUCAAGACAUUUUUACUUGCAAUUGUUGAAUAUGCAAGGAGUUUGGUCAUGAAUUACCAAAAUUUUGGCAAUUCCAAUUUUAAUUAAUUACGAUCCCCGAAUACAUUUAUGUAGAUAAUGUGGAUGGCUACUUUGUUUUUGAAAAACUUCGUUGUAAAAGAUCAGCUAUAAUUACAAAUUUACAGUAUCCUCCCACCUCGAUCAGUUGUCAAAAAAGGAACCAAGUUAACGUUGCUAAUUUCAUCCCAUAUCAAUUUAUUAUAUUAUUAAACAUUAAAACUUAAAAUUGUAGAGCUUUACCCUCGUAAGAGGGAGCCCUUCCAGAAAUUCUCGACGGCCUAGGUCAAGCCCAGGCCGAAGAGGGGGUUUGGAAAUAGUUUUCAACCAGCAAUUGACGCGCCUCGGUUAUUA